AACCAGUUCAGUCUCACCUCCACCAUUUCCGAAUUCUCCACAAUCCAAAUCACUAUUAUAAAUGAUGCCUUCGCUCUCAUUCGACCAGUCUCUCUCUCCCCGCCGUCCAAUUCAACCGCUUCCACGGCGUUAUCUUUUACUACUCCACUACCGCAGCAGCGCCGAGUCAACUCGGACCGAGUUCACGGAAGAGAACGGCUACGAGCUCUUAGGAGCUCGUUCGCCGAAAUCAAAGCGUCGUUCCACAAAUUGGCGAAACAGACUCACCCGGACCUCGUUCACUCCGAUCACAACUCCGACGCUUCUCGCCGAUUCGUCCAAAUCAUCGCCGCCUAUGAGGUUCUCUCUCCGCCGCUCCAAUCUCUCAUUUCAGUCAUCCAAAUUCUUACCGCGAUUUAUGACAGGGACCUGUUAUCGCAGCGAAAGCUUAUGCAGAAGCAAUCCGGUGGAGGUGGUGCAUUGCAUUUGUAUAAGUUUCAUAGUACAUAUAGGGGGAUGGAAGUUGUUGAGUGGCUGAAGUGGUAUAGAGUUGCGAUAAGUGAUGUGUUGGUGGAGAGGAAGGUGGUUGUUGGAACAGUAGCACAUCGAGAUUUUUAUUCCGCCAUACACGCAGCGUAUUAUGGUCCGGAGAUUGAGUCUGUUGACUGUCUUCCUGACUGCUUUGAAGCUGAAGAGAGGUCUGUGUAUGAAACUCCGGAGGUGCUGCAUUAG